AAUCAGGUUUUGCAAAGCGUCCUAAGCUGUCGUUACACCGGUUCAGAUGAACAGCCGGUUUCGCUGAAGAAAGCUGUAGAAAUCUGCGUGUUUUUUAAAUAAUUGUUCACUAAUUUCCCCUUCAAACGCCCAAGCAUCAUGCCUUUCGAUGUUAGGAGAUUUGAUAUCUACAGGAAAGUGCCAAAAGAUCUCACCCAGCCAACCUACACAGGAGCUUUCAUAUCCAUCCUCUGCUGCGUCUUCAUACUCUUCCUCUUCCUGUCCGAGCUGACGGGAUUUAUAGCCACUGAAAUUGUAAAUGAAUUGUAUGUGGAUGACCCUGAUAAAGACAGUGGUGGGAAGAUAGAUGUGAGUUUAAACAUCAGUUUGCCAAACUUACACUGUGAUUUGGUGGGUUUGGACAUCCAGGAUGAAAUGGGGCGCCAUGAGGUGGGCCACAUAGACAACUCCAUGAAGAUUCCUCUGAACCAGGGAGAGGGCUGCCGCUUCGAGGGCGAGUUCACCGUCAACAAAGUACCAGGGAACUUCCAUGUGUCGACACACGGUGCGACAGCACAGCCUCAAAGCCCUGACAUGACUCACACCAUCCACAAGCUGGCCUUUGGAGAAAAGCUACAAGUGCAAAAAGUCCAAGGAGCCUUUAAUGCUUUAGGAGGGGCAAACCGGCUGUCAUCUAACCCGCUGGCGUCGCACGACUACAUACUGAAGAUUGUGCCGACUGUGUAUGAAGACUUGUCAGGCAGACAGAGGUUUUCCUACCAGUACACCGUAGCAAACAAGGAGUAUGUUGCUUACAGCCACACAGGCAGAAUAAUCCCUGCGAUCUGGUUCAGAUAUGACCUCAGUCCAAUCACGGUCAAGUACACGGAGAGGAGGCAGCCUUUUUAUCGCUUCAUCACAACGAUUUGUGCCAUAAUCGGAGGGACGUUCACUGUUGCCGGGAUCAUCGACUCGUGUAUAUUCACUGCCUCCGAGGCGUGGAAGAAGAUCCAGAUCGGAAAGAUGUCAUGAGGACGGCCUCUCGCCUCCGACCCCAGUUCGUAUUUUAUUUAUGAGCGCAAAGUUGCUAGCCUGUUAGCUAAAUCCGCUUCUGGUUGAAAACAGCCCAGAGACCAACCAAUGAGCAGGAGUCUCCAACCGGACGAUGUAACUACCAGGCUAACCGACUGUCUCCGUUACUGAAGAUCCUCUCCAUCUACUCUGCUGCUGACGUGUGCUUUCUGACUAUCACAUGUCUUCUUACACCGUCAUCGGUGUCAGGAGAGAAGAGGGAAUCUCUUGUUACCAUUGGGAUUGAUGUUGGGGAAUGAUGUGCCAGAAACUCACCUUUUGUUUUGUUUUUGUGUUUUUUUUUAAAAUGGUGUUAAAAUGGCUCAUAUUUGCUCUGACAUUAGUUUGAACACCUGGUGCCAACACCCUCCUCGCCAUACAUUGAAUCACUCAAUACUUACUUUUAUUUCCAUUUUAAACCAAUCACUACAAAAACCAAUGAAUAAUUGAAGGAAGUGUUAUUUUGCUUUAUCAAAAAUGUAUUUUUGUGUCUCAGACAUUUUCAGUUUGUGCCUUAUGGUUAACCAUCUGCUGUUAAAUGUUUUAGUGUUAUUGUUUCUGUAUCUCUGUAGACAGAUUUCUUUCUUACACUACUUUUUUGGGGAGGUUGUUUUAUACCAAUUAUUUCAUCAGCAGUCAUGCUAAACAACAGUAGUUUGUAGUUUCUGGAUGAUUUAAAUGAUUGUAAGUCAUGCAUUAACAGAGUAAUUGUUAAAAGUGUCUGUUUUUUUGUAUUUCCUUCUGUUGUAUAAUUGUUACUAAUCUCUGAUCUAGCACCACAAUAAGACCAGCAGAGCCUGCUCUUCUACUUUCACAGCCAUUUUUUUUUCCUUUUCAUCUCAAGUGACUCUGUCAAGGUGUUUGUUUGCCCAAGUAAAGGGACCAAAGGGUUUAACUCUA